ACCACGGAUCGGCGAGCUGCGAGAGCCAGCUGAUCCAACAGGUACCAGAGGUGAACCAGCAGCCCGACUCUUAACACUCGAACUUGAGGUCGGAUGAGCUGCAGUGAGCCGCCUCGCUUCUUUCUCCACGCUGAUCUUUAAGGACCCGAACAGUGUCGAGGAGCUUUAACCGGCGGACGGAUUUUAACUCCCACUUGGAGGGACGCUGACAGAGUUCGGGCUGGUUCUGCGGAGUGGACCCGUAAUGGAGGUCGCAGCGGCCGAUCAGUCCCGGUGGAUGGCGCACCACCACGCCGUGCUCAACGGCCAGCACCCGGACUCGCACCACCACAGUCUGAGCCACAACUACAUGGAGCCCAUGACGCCUUUGCUGCCGCAGGACGAAGUCGACAUGUUCCUCAACCACCUGGACUCUCAGGGGAACCCGUACUAUAGCAACUCCCGGGCAAGAGUCAGCUACAGCCAGGCGCACGCGCGUCUGACUGGGAACCAGGUCUGCCGACCGCACCUCAUCCACAGCCCCGGGAUUCCCUGGCUGGACCCGGGCAAGGCGGCGCUCUCCGCGGCUCACCACCACAACGCGUGGGCGGUAGGCCACUUCAGCAAGCCCGGCCUGCACCCCACCGGCUCCGGAUACCCCUGCAGCAGCAGCAGCAGCAGCGCGGGCACGGCCCCGGUGGCCUCCCUCACCCCGGCCGCGCACUCCAGUCCUCACCUCUACAGCUUCCCCCCGACCCCUCCGAAGGACGUGUCCCCGGACCCCGGGCCCACCUCCCCGACCUCCACAUCCACGAGGAUGGACGAGAAGGAGUCAGUCAAGUACCAGCUGACGGACGGCAUGAAGAUGGAGAGCUGCAGUCCGCUACGCGGCGGCCUGGCCUCCAUGAACGCGCAGGCCCCCACCACGCACCAUCCCAUACCCACCUACCCCGCGUACCCGCUGCCCUCUGCCCACGAGUACGGAGGCACCCUCUUCCACCCGGGUAGCCUCCUCGGAGGGUCUCCGUCCAGCUUCACGGCCAAGUGCAAGAGCAAAGCCCGAUCGAGCUCAGAUUUAUAUGCAGAGGGCCGUGAGUGUGUGAACUGCGGCGCCACCUCCACCCCGCUCUGGCGGAGGGACGGUACGGGACACUACCUGUGCAACGCCUGUGGACUCUACCACAAGAUGAACGGGCAGAACCGACCGCUCAUCAAGCCCAAACGCAGACUGUCGGCCGCUCGACGCGCGGGAACCUGCUGCGCCAACUGCCAGACCACCACGACCACCCUGUGGAGGCGCAACGGGAACGGAGACCCGGUGUGUAACGCCUGCGGCCUUUACUUCAAACUGCACAACGUCAACAGGCCGCUGACCAUGAAGAAAGAAGGAAUCCAGACACGCAACCGCAAAAUGUCAAGCAAGUCCAAGAGGAACAAGCGGUCAUCGGACGGCUUCGAGGACUUCUCCAAGUGCAUGCAAGACAAGGCCUCUCCGUUCGGCGGUGCCCCCGGCCUCCCCAGCCACAUGACCCACAUGGGUCACUUACCCCCCUUCAGCCACUCCGGACACAUGCUGCCUACGCCCACGCCCAUUCACCCUUCAUUCGCUCACCCGCACCACACCACCCGGUCGCCGGUCUGGGCUGAGCCUCACUGAGACCCCGAGGAGCUGCCGCGUCAACUUCUGCCAGGCCUUUGUACAGCUUAAGGAGGAACUGCAGACGGCGCAGGAGGACUUUGGCCGUACCUGCGGGAGCACGUGGACUCUUGCUUAUUUCUACUAAGUCACUUUGGUACCCCCCUCUCCAUGGCCCUGCACCAGGAGACUCAUGAGAGGUCUUAGAUCCACGGCUGUUUUCAUCUCAUGCUAAUAAAUAAUGAGAAUAAUGUGCCCUGUCCGCCCCCGGACCACCAGGACAUGGUCAGCCCAGCGCCGGGACGCGACGCCUCCUCGCACGCUGGAUUGCACAUCGACACAAAUUCACCUGUUUUUUUCAAAACAGCUUUUUAUGGAAUACAAAUGUUUAUAGAUGCUUAUUGCUAUGACUGUUGUUAUAUUUGUUGUUAAUGCUAUGAUAAUUUAUUUUCACUCUUCAAGCUUUUUUUUUUGUCAAAGAAUAUAAUUUCAUUGUUAAAGGAGAAACACUGAGUAGAUGAAAAGUCCCGGAGCUGUACGUUUUUAUCAUUUUUUUCAUCUCACAAAGUCGGAAAAUAAAGUUUAAUACUGAAAACCCCGCGCUUCAGGACCACUGCGUUUGUCUCGCACACUCCGAAAUGGAGGGCUUAUUAAAAUCAGCCGUGAUAUCAGAUCUCUGUGAUGGUGGCGGCGUGGAAAUGCUUCGGUCAGGCCGCCACUGAAGGCCUCUUUGUGGAGCUGGGCCUCGGGCAGAAGCCAGGCAGCCGGCUGGGACGAGGAGCUCCUCGGUCAUACGACACAAAUGAGCCGACGCUGGCAGAACGGAGUGGAGCCAGAGGAAGGACAGGGGGUCUGGUGCGGGAGGAAGGAAAGGCAGUCCGGCGACCUGAGCAAACACACGCGCCUCUGCUCGGACCCACAGAUGUGCACGCAGCUGAGGAGGCCAGGAAGCAGGCGUCCGCCUCUCCCUCCCUCUAUCUUCUAGAUUUUAACCCCCCCAGGCCCCGCAUCUCCCGGAUUAUCUGGAAAAUUACUAAACUUGAAACAGUCGACCGCUAAUGAGUCGGCACGAUUAGGGCCAAUUUAAGGUCAUCAUCGGCAAGUUCAGCUCACACGCCCACGAGAACAAGCCUCCCAUUAGAAAGUCUGGACCCCCCCCCCGCCGUCCCAACAUCUGCGGGGUUUCCCAGAGGUUGAUCUCUUUCAUUUGGAGGCUGUAUUUAUUCAGGCCGCUGUUUUAGUCUGGGCUACAAACGCUCGACUGAGGAGCGACACAACAGCGAACGUGACUUGGGUUU